AUGGUUUCUGUCAUAAUCCACUUGAGUAUCUUCCACCAGUACUCCUCCGGAGUGCAGUAUGAACAACCGUCUCUGUCUGAUUCUCUUGUUGUUACAGCAGACCAGCCACAACCUGGGGCUACACCUGCCAGCUUCCCCUGUCCGGACUGUGGGCGCAACUACAAGUACAAGAAGACAUUGAGACAGCACAGGUUCUAUGAGUGCAACAAAGAGCCUCGUUUCCAGUGUCUCACUGACAAAGAGCUGCAGGAGGUAUCUGUAGAACUUAUUGUAGAGAAGAAGAGGACUCUGUCGUGCUCUCCGGAUAACUUUCUUGGAUUCGAGCCUGUUGAUGUGAAGCCCACAAAGAGAUUGACAGAGUUAGCCAGCUCUAUUAGAGUUCUGCAGCCCCGCUCAAGCAAGAGCAGGGCCUCCAAGGUGUGGCAGCGACCGGCUCGUUCGUUCGUUGACUGUGCCAUCAAGGAAGAACCUGAAGAUGAUCUUCUAGAGACAAGACGGUCAGGGAGGAAAUCCACAGUCGAUACAUCUCCUACCGAGCAAACAGAGAAGGAAACUCCAAGAAAGGCAAAGGCGCAGGGGCGAAAAACCAUAAGAUCACUAAGUAAUGAAGAACUGGAUGAGGAGGUUGUGAACGUUUCUUCUCCAAGCAAGACGAAGCCAAAAAGUAUUACAACUUCUAGACGUAAAGGGUUGCAAGGUGAGAAAGACACAAUUCAUCCGUUGAACAAUGCAAUAAAAGCUGAAGUAACUGAUGAAAUUCCGAGGAACGUCAACACGAAAAAAGUAAGGAAAUCACUUACAAAUGGUAGCGUCAAUAGUCGAUCUUCUGCUUCUAUCUCAGGCAAUCGGAAACAAGUGGUUGAAGACAUGACCAAAAUCAGGAAACGCCGUUUGAUAAAAACCAGUAACAAAACUGCCUUUAAAUGUGACCAGUGUGGUAAGAUUUACAAGUAUCUAAGAGGGAUGAGGCAACAUAAAAAGUUGGAAUGUAACAUCCCACCUCAAUUCCCGUGUCCGUAUUGUCCCUCGUCGUUCCGGUAUCGUCAGAAUAUCCGAGAACAUGUUCGUAACUUCCACGAACAGGCUUUUCCCAAGUGGUAUGCUACUCAUUAUGUUGCUCCUCUCCUCAUGGGCGAGGGAUCAUCCUAA